UCAAGUGUUAGAUUGCACGCGUCGCUCCUUCGUGGCUGGUCGAUUUCGCUCCUUCGACGACUUUACCGUCCUGUCGGAUCGGAAGUUACGACAUUUUGAUCGGAAGCAACAACGGGAGAUCCCUGGCUGUGAAGGGCUUAAAGGUUGUCAUCCAACCCUUCGUCUUCACAAAACUGUACAUUUAUCAGCUCCUGUGUACUAUAAUAGGAGGCUAAAUUAUUCUCCACUGACUUGGCAGAGGCCUUUCCGUCAACUCAACAGAAGGUUUUUACUCGUUGUUGUUGAAGCCAUUACUGCUUAUUCUUCCUUAACUACUGGAGCAAUGGAAGCACCUACAGCUCGGCUUCUCACGGAUUUUCUCGACUCUACAGUGCUCUUGGAGCAAACCCAAUAUGAAGAGGGCUUCAAAGACGGUUACAGAGACGGCGUGGCCUCUGGAAAAGAGGAGGGGAGGGAGGUUGGCUUGAAGCAUGGAUUUGAAGUUGGUGAGGAACUGGGUUUUUAUCGUGGUUGUAUAGAAGUUUGGAAAUCAGCUAUCAUGAUAGACCCAAAUUCUUUUUCUUCUCGUGUUCAGAAGAGAAUUGGCCAGUUGGCAGAGCUAGCGGAGAAUUAUCCUCUUUUUCAACCGGAGAAUCAAAAUGUUCAAGAGAUGAUGGACUCUAUUAGACUUAAUUUUAAGAUUAUUUCAGUAAAUAUGGGUGUGAAGUUAGAGUAUGAGGGGCGGAGUCGCACAUCAAAACAAGACCUAGAGGAUAUUGUAGUAUGAAAGAAUAUCAGUUUUUGUAUGAGACUAUAUAAAUUAAUCUUUUAGUCCAAUCAGUUUUACCUUUA